AGCAUCUAAAGGUUGGAUUUUGAGCUGUCAAAGCAACAUUAAUUUGGACUAGUAGGAUACCCAUGGUGAUAAAAAAACAGGAUGAAGUUAUUGUGCCUAUUUUUUUAUAUAAAAGCAAGGUGCUGAGUUGGAGCUGAAGGACUCUCGGGGCUGGACCGCUCUGUUUCACUGCACAAGCACAGGACACCAGCAGAUGGUCAAGUUCCUGCUGGAUAACAACGCUAAUGCUAAUGUCAAGUGAGUCUCUUAAUUUAUUCUACACCUAUUAUAAUCCAGUCUGAGUUUGUCAUCUCUUUCUCUUUCAUCCACAGGGAGCCGGGGUCUGGUUUUACUCCCCUGAUGGAGGCUGCUGCUUCUGGACAUGAAAUCAUUGUUCAGUACCUGUUGAAUCAUGUGAGUAGGUCACAGCAGAAAAUUGUAGCGCAGCCCAGGAUAAGUACUGUAAUUUAAAAAAAUAAAGAGGCUUAUGGUCUGAAUUGGAUUUGUUUUCAUCAGAAAGUUAAGGUGGAUGACCGGAAUGCGAAAGGGGAGACUGCGCGAGCUCUAGCUAUGUUGUACGGUUACACCAAGCUCGUUAGCCUCAUUGAUUUACAUUCGCCAAGGAUCAAACCAGGUACUCUUCACAGCAGCUGAGUACAGUACACUCUAAUACUGUUUUCAUGCUUUUCAUUUGCUGAUCUUUGGUGUCCCUGUAACUUUCCAGGACACUUUGAGGACCUGAGCUCCUCUGAGGAUUCAGACAGCGCUCCCCCGAGGAUAAGGAGCAGGAACCGGGCCAAAGGCAUCAGCAUCCAUGAUGGACCCCAGGCUAUCGCCAAGUUUGGAGUAGGAGGCUCCAGCAAACUGUGUGGUAGUAUCACACCCAGUCUGACAAAUUGUACCCAUACCAAUCAUAUAUUGAGAUUACAAUUACCAACACAGUAUCAUAAUGAGCUGGUGGUUACUCCCUGUGCUAACAGAGCGUCCCACCGUACCUCCAGGCUACAUGACGUUUCGCAAUAUUGGUGAACAGAGUGACAGUAUCUGCUACCGUGAUGUGACCUCACCCAUCAACGAACUGGACGGCCAGAGCAACAGCAGCAGAGGUGAGAAGCAAGGUUAUAAAAGUUUUUUAAAACUUAGAGUUUAAAGGGAUAUUCCGUCUUAAAAUCAAGUUAUUGUCAAACACGACGUAGCACCUGUCAAGAGAUGAAUGUUGCUGACCGCUUGCUUUUCUAGUUAUACCAACUUAAGUAACAACCGCACAAUAGCAAUACUCAGCGGUCUGAGGAGUCGCACACAAACCUCAACUAAAACGCCACUCUAUAGCCACACAUAAUACUCAAAACAGCACCUAACCAACAUCAACAGUACAUAUUGGGUCCCAGCCAUAGUACUAGCCACCAAACAUCUUUUUAGCUUUGCCUGAUUUCUUUAGCAAAGAGACUAAACACAACUUACCUACUCUCUUCCAGCACCCACUUGUUUGCACAGAGACCUCCAAGUGAGUCCAUCGACUGCUGCAGGGGGACGCAGCUCAAGGAAGAAUAUUUAUGAUCGUUUCCUCAUGGACAUGCAAUCAGACCAAGACGCUAAGGCAGACGAACUACCGCUUCUGCAGUGCAAAAUGAUUAAUAUGAUGAUUAUUACUUCAAGGAAAUGAUAAAGUAAUGAUAAUGUUCUUCCUUGAGCUGCGUACCCCUGCUGCAGUCGAUGGACUUACCGUACAAACAAGCGGCUGCUGGAUGAGAGUGGGUGAGUUGUGUUUAGUCUCUAUUCUUAACAAAUCAGACAAAGCUAAAAAGAUGUUUGGUGGCUAGUGGUGUGGUUAGGACCCUAUAUGUACUGUUGAUGAAGUUAGGUGCUGUUCUGAGCAUUAUUUGUGGCGAUAGAGUGGCUUUCCGUUGAGCGCGUGGCUGUGUGUAUUGCUAGCUGCGGUCAUUACGAAAGUUGGUAUAACUAGAGAAGCAAGCAGUCGGCAACAUUAAUUUGUGUGUUAUGGUGUGUUUGACCCUAACUUAACUUUACGUCAGAAUAUCCCUUUAAGUUUGAUGUUGUUUUGACUUUUUUGUUUCCUUCAGUUUAGUUUUUGAUGCUGUUGGUUCAGCUCAAGUUUUUAAGAGGAUAAGCAGUUUUUGCUUAUCUUGUCUUCUAUGUGCUCUUGAAAUUUAGCGACUUUAAAUAUUCGCAUGUGGUUUGGUAGAAAAGCAUCACGGGAAGGACAAGUAACAGUCUUAAAUCUAAUUUUACAUUGCACCAUAGAUGACAGUCCUUUCUUCGACAAUGACAUGCCCACCAUGAGGAGCAGCAGCAGCAGCAGUGAAGGCCUGCCACAAGUGAUAAGUCUGAACUGGGAAGGCUCGGUGGAGAGUAACGAGGUACGGGCAAAUGAUGACAGAAACAGAUCGGAUUCAAAUACUAGAUUUUGAUUAAGUAUUGGCAUAUUUCUCUAUCAGGACUCUGACCAGUGCAAAAAGAGCAGCUCUCGCAGAGUGAACAAGGGUUAUCACUCAAAAGGCAAAGGUCGCCAUGGGAGCAAUGAUGUAGCUCACUGCAGUGCUACAGUCAACUGUGGGUUGCUGUCACCUGUUGGUCCUCCUCCCUCUUACACCGGUCCAAAGGCACGUAUAUGCUUGCUUACUUUCUGACACAUCAGUACAACUGUUCCAGGUUCUUUCCCAGCUCAUGUCUCUUUAUCCUUGUUUAGGAUCUAUCAGAGUUUUUGGAGCAAAUUGGCUUCUCCAAAUAUCUCCCCUUACUUGAGGAACAAGACAUCGACCUGCGAAUAUUUCUCACACUGACUGAAAACGAUCUAAAAGAAAUAGGGAUCACGUAAGAGGCUGAAGCUGAUUUUUUUUGAUUCAUUUAGUGUUUCUUUUCUUAUGUUUGAUUACUGAAUCCAUCCUUGCUCUCCAGAUUGUUCGGGCCCAAGCGUAAGAUGACGUCUGCUAUUGCAAGGUGGCACAGCAGCGCACGACCGCCCGGCGAUGCUCUGGAACAGGCAUAUGCUGACCAGCUUGAGGCAGAGAUGCAGGAGAUGGCCAUUCAGCUACACAAGGUAAUCUCUGAAGCCUCCUACAUCUCACAUAUCCUACACACCAGACCAAAUCCUCUGACAUCAACUGUUCUUUCAGCGCUGUGAGGAGGCGGAGAGCCUGCAGAGCCAGGUGUCCCAGGAGAAGGAGCUGCGCACCGUGAUGGAAGGAUGUCUAAUGGAGGAUAAAAUGGCGUGGAGGAAGGUGCACGCUGAGCUGGUCGAGAACCACCGGCUCGCUCAGGACAUGUGUGCCACACUGACAGAGUCCAGGACCUGUCGUGCUGAACUGCUCUCCUAUUUUACUGCCUACAGGAACAGUGGCACUGAUACUGGCGUGGAGGAUAAAACAAAAGAUAACACAGGUGGGAAAGGUGAGCUGAGCUGUCCUAUGCUGAAAUGAACCAUUCACAUUUUGUGUUAAAACAGAUAAAAGAAAGUCAUUUUCUGUUGCCGUGCAGCUGGGGAUGUUCUGUCUCACUCAAGUGUUGCAGAGCUCAUAAAGAAGCUGGAUUCUUGUGAAGAAGAACUGGGUAAGACGAAGAAACACCCGUAUUUAGAAUGGUUUUGUGUGAUCAGGGGAGGCUGAUUCUAACGGUGGUGUUUGGUCAUUACAGCUGGGAAAAUGCAAACGGUUCUGCAGAGUCUGAGGCGGCUGAGCGCCCCGGAAAAAGUCUCAGAUAGCUGGGAGCGGCCUUAGCCUUUAUGGGUGAGUAAAGAGAAAAAAGGGCUGGAAGAGCGCCACAGCUGCUAAAACAAGAUAAAAACAAACUUUUGUGUCUUGUUUUAGAAGCAGCUUUUGCAAGUAUUCGACGGAGGGUGAUCUAACCGCCCUGAACAAUCUCACUGAAAUGGGAGAAAGGCAAAAGAUGAGGCCAGACCUGCAGGAUCAGAGCGGCUCCGAGAGAGAAGCGGCUGACCUGCUGCCCUUCUAGGAUUGGCGGAGCAGAGCACGCCGGAUGCGGACGAGGCCGUGGGCAGCUGCUGCAGGGAAACGACAAACGGGUGAAGAGAGUACAUGACCCUCAGGCGCCCGUGCUGGUAUAAACUUGACUCCUGUUGUCAGGUAGUGAAAAUGCACAGAGGAGGAGGAAAGGAACAGGGCUGAUCCUGGUCCAAAGGAUGUCAUACUGUGAAAUGUGUAAAAAGAAGUGCUCUUCUUCCAUGAAAUGUGGUUUACAGUGUGUCCACACCACCAACAGAGAAAACGCAUUUACAGUUCUUAGAUGUUCUGCAUAGCUGUGCUUUAAUGAAGUGAAACCCUUGUAUGCUGUUUUUAGAGGUUUAAAAAAUCCAUGUCCUGCUGAAUGAAUUUCCAAUAGAAGAAAAAUAACAUUCAAAAUUCACAGCAAUAAAUCAUCUCAUACAAGAGGAAGUAUUUUUAAUUGUUUAUAUUCAUUUAGCUGAAAGUCUUUGUCUGAAUACAAAGACACAGAUUCUAGACAUGGGAUGAUUUUGGUAUUGCACUGAUCUUCAUUUACGGUUCAUUGGUGUAAAUCAGUGCUCAGUUAUAUAUGGACACGCUUUUCAGUGUAAAACUGUGUUUACCUAGGAAUCAUGAAAAAUCUCUACAGUGCCAAAACGUGUUGAUCUGUGCUUGGUUCUGCAUUAAAACUGAUUACAAGAAGUCUAAUUUUCAGUUUUGAUUUCAUCGAGCACCGGGGUCGAAUGUGAGAAAGCAGCACAUCCUUGUACAAAACCUUUUAUAGUCUCAUGUCAGCUUAAAAUAUUUCUUGAUUCUGAGAAUGUUCAUUAGCAGAAAUAGCCGAGGAGUGCAGUGUUUAUUUUUACAUGAAUAAAAGUCAAAAUAAGAGAAAAACACUGGAGCAACCCACGAGCAGCACAGUCCUUUUGGACAGUCCACUGUGAGCUGUUUUUAACCCUUGGGAUAAGAGAGGUGCUUCUUUGGUUCAAGACCAAGACUGCUUUGAACAUAUCUUCAUUGGUGAACAUUUAGGAGAUGAUCUGAGGAUGUAAGCAGCAGGGAACUUUACAAUCACUCAGUACUGUAAACCAAAGAAGUACCUCUAAAAACCCUGAUGGGACUCGGAGAAGAGCAUAUUGCAUUCAGCCACUGGACUACAGGCUACAUAUGUUGGCAGGUUGCCUGUUUGGAUUACUGAGCCUAUGAAAGUCCAGCACAGUCAGGGGAAAUGAAUAAGUGGUGUUCUCUGUCUCACUAAGGUGCCCUCGAGCAGGAGUUUAUAUCCUCCCUGCUGCAUUAGAACAAGAUGCAGAGAAAACCUGAUCUGCUGGGCUGCAGAGUGAAAAUAUAAAGCUUAGAGAGACUUUAACUCCAUCUUUGAAUCACUGACACAGUGUUGGGCUACUUUCUAUUCAAUACAGCUGACGAAACAGACUUCAUGAAUCAGUUAUGUGUGUUUGGUAUGAAGGGGGACGAAUUAUUAAGCAUAAUCUACAGUCCUUCAAAAUAUAUUUUUUGUAUGUUCACAGCCCACCUUUGAUGAGCUUUAGGGAUUUUACUAAAGGGUUAAAAAAUGUAAGUGUAAGUUAUAGCCAGGCAUGAAUUUACAAAAACUGCCUGAAUAUCUGCUGUAACAUCUGGUUACAAAUAUAAAAUUAAACCACACAUGAUGUGUGUUUGCUCUUUGAUGGCUUUCCAGGGGAGCACAUAAAAAGCUUUGCCUUAGUACGACUCCAUAAAUCAGAGCUUUGGACUCAUCUUUCUUCAAACAUACACACACACACACACACAAACACACACAAACUCCAGGCUUAUGUAAAAAAAGAGGACUUUUUGUCUGUGGUGUGAGACCGAUGUGCAGACUGAUUCCCUCUCCCACGGAGCACCAGCUGUGUGAACGGUGUUGUCGGUGAGUUCAGGUGUAUUCACAAAGGUGACCGCAGCCAGCAGGGCAGUGUGUGCUGCCCUUAAGCCAGUUCAUAAUAUGCUCCAGAUGUCCUCCAUGGCUGCAGCCCUGACACCACACAAACAGUCCCUUCACCACAUGGUGGCACACUGCACACACGCUGGCACACUGGUGGCACCUAGAGGAGAGAUACCAGCCACUCAGUGAUGUUUAUAAGACACUUUCUUAAAAAAAACAGGAACACUACCGAGGAGUAUUCCAGCUGCUACCCCUCUAAAAACUAAAAAAGUUAGACAUUUCUACACUGUGGCUUUUGAACUUCAUAAACAGAAUAACUUAUUUGGUCAUUAAGCAGAUUUAGUGAUGCUAUUAGCAGUAGCUCAAACCU